UGAUGUAAUAGGCAGGACAACAAAGGAUGUGGUUUGAAACUUGACUCGGUUGGCUCACCAUCUGAGCGAGACUGCAGAUGAUUCCAAUUAAAAAAUUUUCAGCUCCUUAGUAUGUAUCAUUUGCACCAGUAAAACUGAUGAGAUCAGUGUUUCUCACUGGUCCCCAGACAGAAGAUAUAUCAUCCUGUUUGAGUCUGUUCUCCUCUCUUUUGAAACAGACACAUUUUCUGCGUGUACCAGCUGAUCACCAGGCUAAAGUACUCGCCUGGACACUAUGACGAUGGCAGUAAAUGUGAAAUCCCACAGGUGUGCAUACAGGUAAAUGAUUAAGACAUCACUGACAACCACCAAUAUUCAAAUAUAAGAGUAAAUAAUAUUUUUCUAGUGUGGUUUCCUUUCCGGUCUUUUAUUUAUUUAUUUACCUUUUAAUUUAUUUUUAAUUUACCUUCAUAUGUUUGUGAUGUGUAUUUUAUCACCUUAGUGUCAUAGUGCUGUUUGAAUUGAAUGACUUAAAUGAAGCUACAUUUUAAUGUCACACAAUAGUUGGACAAUUUAAAUAUUGUAAAUAUCAUUUACCUGAAAACUAAAUUAAUAAGAGAGAGAAAAGGAUCUGACUUUUCCAAUGAUAGCACUUUGUUGUAUACUGUCCAUGUCAAAGCAGAGAAAAUCAAUUAUAUAAAACGACUAUUUCAUUUUUCUUAGACUUAAAGGUGAUUAUUGGUUUCUAUUUGUGCCACACACCUACUACACACUACCGGGUAUCUCCUAAAAGCAUUUGGAAAUCCAAACUUUCCCACAAGUUUCACCAGUUUCACCUGCAUUGUGCUGCGAAUUAAUUGAACAUGAUUUAUUUAGCUGUAAGUUAUGUGGUCACUGGACACCUGACUUGAGUGAGAAGCUCGCCCUCGAGCAGCAUUCGGCACCUGUUUUCACUCCAAUUCCGCCUCUGAUGUCCCUGAUACCUGAAUCCAGAGAGCUUUUAGGCACGUCACACCUGACAGAAGGGCCAUUUGUGUUGAGCUGGAGAUUUACUGGCAAUCUGGCUUAAGUGCCCCGCUCAAGGGCAUGAUGGCACGUUAUACGACGUGGGAUUUUUACUCUUACAAAUUUAUUUUCAUGAGAAAGAACGAUGUACAGACGGCGUGCUGAUUAGUUUGUAAAUUUUUUCAUUUGUAAUACAGAGAACAGUCUUGCACUGACAGAAACUCACGGCCUAAUUGGUCUGUCAGUCGCUUUAUUUGAUACUCCAGUGACUUUUAUGGUCGGUUGACACAGGGAAUGAAUGUGAAAUACGAAGGGAGAAGAUUUCUUUCUGGCUGCAACUUGUGACACCAAUAGAAACAUUUUACUGAUUACUUCAUGAAAGCAUUUUGGACGUAUCUCAACGUCAACAUUAAUACUUUUAAAUUAUUCUUUCAAGGUGUUUUCUACCAGUGGAGAUUAGAAAUUGAUCCAUCGUGAAUGGCACUUUGAAUACAAACUGUGAUGAAGUUGCCAUGUUUUAUUUUUAAACCUAUAUAUUCAAGCGUUUCUGAAAACCUGUGUCAUUUGUCCGUUUGUAUACGUAUAAAUAAGGCUCAAUAAGGCUUAUCCCAAAGUCUGACAUCAGCUACAUCUUUCACCUUAGUUGUGCUGGGGUCUCUUUUGGUCUGUUGUCUCGUUAUCUACCAGAUGACAAAAUGAAACCUCACUUAUCAUCUGUAGCAAAUAAGAAGUAAAAAAAAAAAAAGAAGCAUUUGUUGCACACAUCUGUCAAUGUGCGGUUGAAAUAACACCAAGAAGGCUCUAACUAUGUAUGUGCUACUGUAUUUGACCAAAAACUAUUUGAUAAAUGGCAAUGUUGACCUCAUGUUAGGGCAGUUUGGUUGCCAGACCAAUUAAAUUCAUUUUGAAGGAAAUGUGAAUCGUAAUCCACCCAAACGUUCUUGAGACAUUCCUUUUAGCAACCUAAUGACGGCCAUGCAUGAAGAAGUCAUCGGAUCACCAAAGUCAACAGCAUAAAUCUCUUAGAAUAAUGAUUUUUUAAAUUUCUUUUUUUGUCCUUAUCCGUCCGGUAAACACAUGUCUCAUGAAACCUGGACCUGGUGUUGGACAUAACCUCAGGGACAGCAAAACCGCAAAGCUCAAUCCUACAUCCUACAAACUUUCCUGGCAACCCAUCCAUCCUCCAUUCUUGGAGCCACUUGAGUAACGUGGCUCAAAUAUUUAGAUGGCGAUACAAACACUGUUACCUGAUCAGGGAGACCUGACACCUCGACAGAAAUCGAUGUUACACAUUACACCAACUGGUUUCGACAGUGCAGCUGCUGACUGAGAUGAAAGUGCUUCACGUUAUAGCCUAGUAUAUAAAUCACACGCCACCAUUAGCACAUUCGGUGUAUCAAAGCGAAGUAGCAUCAUUUUUAGUUGCAUGACAGGUGAGAUGGGACAGAGGUAAGCGGCCAUUUGUGGAGAUUACAACUGCAAGGCCACUAUAAGAUCAUGUAAAACAGCAGGCAACAAAAACACAAAAAAAAAAGGCACUGAUAACGCUUGCCGUGCUACUCGGGAGCUUGAUUUGAUGAUGCAGGCUGAGAAUAGAAAUCAAAGGAGUAAUUGAAGUUGCCAGUAUGCCUCUUUCUUCUUAUAAUAUUCAUUAUUGAGUUAUCUAUAUAUUUAGCUAUAUCUAGCGUAACCCAAUCCUAAGAGGUCACAUUUGCGAUAUGUAACAUGUAACAAGGACUUCUUUAUACAAAAACGUUUUUAUACAGCAGUUGAAACUACAGCUAAAAGGAAUAGGUUGAGGAGUUUUGAUGUACUCGUCUCUAAGCUAAAUAUAAAGCAAGCAAGCUGUUAGCCUAUUUUAGCAUGAAGGUUGUGAACGAGGGAAACUGCUGGCUUCAAAAAAUUACAAAACAUAAUACUAUUUAUUUAUACAUUUCUCAAGAUCUAUCUUUUUUUCUAAAAAAGAAUCUAUUACUUUUGAGAUUAGAAUUCUUCUUGCAAAUAAACGCUUUGAGUGUGCUUUACUUCUAGUCAAGCAUCUUCCUCGACAAACUGCUCCACUGUAUCGCUGAGACCUAUAAACAGCAUAUCAAGGGAGUUUUCCCCUGAUACGUUUCAAUUGUGAUUGCUCUGCCAAGCAUAAAUUCAAUAGACAAGAUGAUAGAAAAGUCACGAUUUGCUGCAUUUGUGCGUUCUUUGUUUUUUGGCUCGAGUUUCAUUUGAUGGGUCUUGAUUCCUGUCAAACAGGGUACAGGAGAAAUUCAGCACAAAGGGGAAGCUGUUAAAGCAUUAGAUUGUACAAGUCACUCUGACCGGACUGUAGUUCACACUCACAUAAUGAGAAUAUCGUGCCUGUGUGUGCGUGCAUGUGUGUGUGUGUGUGUGUGUUAACCUGAAAAGCUCCUUGUAAAGUGAACCUGUGAGCCAUUCAUUAUUCAUCGUGAUCAAGCGUUGCCAUGACUCUCCGUCUACUUGGGAGGACCUCACAAGUUUGGCAGGACUCCUUGAGCGUCUGCUCCUGCUGCCAGGCGCUUCUCAGAUGGCCUGAAAGAGUCCAGACUCUGAGAUACAUGCAGUCUUUGUUUGUUGGGAGAGAAAAAGAGAAUAUUAACUGCGAUGCUGCCACCUCAUGGCAAACAUGAAGUCAUUACAGGGGAUGGAAGAGAGACACUAACGAUGAUGAUGAUGAUGUUAAGCAAGUUUGUUUCAUUGAUAACGGGCGAUUGAUUAAUCACAGCAAAAAUAAAUUUCUUUAGUUUACUGAUUUAGUUUACUGAUAAAUAUAAAGCUUUUAACUGGAAGACAAAAGGAAUUUCAUAAAUUGCUGAUGUAGGAAAUGUGAAAAGAAUAUUAACCAUCCGUUAUUUCUAUAUUGUCACUACGAUAAAUCCAAGACUGACUUUCAUUGUGCUUCUCUGAUCUAAAUAUGUGAAGACUGCGAUGGAUAUAAAUGUAAUCACUUCACAAAUAAUAGUUUUGCAGGAAGAGCAACACAUUCAAAUAAUGUCAAUAAUAACAAUAACUAACUGGAAUUGUUGAGUUUUUGAGACUUUUCGACAUUUCGCCACUCAUCCGAGUAGUCAUAUGUCAUAUCAAUUCAAAGGGACUGGUGUGAAGUUUGAGGUUUAAACUCUGUGGGUAUAACCCAUCAGAAAGUUGCUUGACUAGAAACUGGUGCAAUUCAUUUCCAUUAUCAACAAGAGAAGAGAAAACAAGACAUCAGCUUGGUUAGCAUCUCUUUGAAGUACAUAUUCCCCUAUCCCCCUAUCUAUAUCACCACUCGCUGUACAAGCUUAAAGGAGAACUGGCAACCCCCAGGGGCAAAAACAACAAAAUUACUCGAAUGCAAAAGUGUAAAAAAAAAACCAAAACAAACAAACAAAAAACAGUUUUAAACCAAAAAGAAACAUAAACAGCCUGGUACAAAAACUUGUGAUUUCCCAUUUCAUAACAUGAUGUAUAUAAUCCUCUUGUUUAAACUGUACUAAGCUGUGAGUAAGGAAGCGUGUGGCCAUUUUGUCUGACAGGUGGGUCCAUUGUGGAUGAAUAACCAUACUUAACUAUACAUCUUAACCAAGUCUACACCAAACAAACUGAGGAAAUGGCUCCUAAGUAAAUACUGGCUUUAUCAAACCAAAUGAAACAAAGGGGCGUAAACAAAUAAACGCGAACUACAACUAAAUAGUCUGAUAAGCAAACAGGAAAUUUUUCAAACUUCAACCAGUCGGAAAUCAUUGAAAAUGAUGCCAAGCUUCAUUGCAGUGAACAGAUAUGAACUAUUUCAUUCAUUGAGUAAGACUAAACAUUGUGAUUUUUCAUCAUCCUGCAUCUUAAACAAGACAAAAGACAGCGCAAAAGUCGUAUUUUAUCGUAUUUUCAAAAGAAUAAUUUUGAUAAAAGAUUACAUUUAUUUUUUUUAUUUUUCUGUUUAAUCGCAUCUUUCGCCCUCCGGUCCAGUUGGGGGCGACAAUGCACCUUUAAGCCGGUAUUGUAUGCCAACCGCCAUUUUUUUUUAAAGAAGAAGAAAAAGAAGUGGCCACGCCCUUUGCUCACCCGGAAAUAGUGGAACAACCAGCUAGACUGCCCUGUUGUAAUUGCUGCCAUUUUUAUCUCUGGUAUUGGCGGGACAUUUCAAUAUGGAUACGGUGUAUCAGUGAUGACCUCUCCCUCUGCUUUUAUAAAGGAGCUGAUGAACCAAACAUGCGUGCACAGAUACAACGUCUCCUUGGAGCAGUGGCAGGUCUCUCUCAUAUGGUCCUUCACCGUCUCCAUUUUCUGCAUUGGGGGGCUGCUGGGUUCGCUGUUCGCAGGUUCUCUGAUGUCAAAAUUUGGCAGAAAGCAAUGCCUUUUGUUGAACAAUUUUGUAGCAAUAGCCGGAGCUGUGUUGAUGCUAUUGAGCCAAAAAACCAUGUCUUUUGAGAUGGUCAUGGUGGGAAGAUUGCUGUACGGCAUCAAUUCAGGAGUCGGCCUUACGGUUCACUCGGUGUACCUCACUGAAUGUGCACCCAAGAGGCUGAGAGGGAUGGUGGGCGUGACCAUCGCCACCUUCAUCUCCACGGGGAAGUUUUUCGGUCAGUUGCUGGGGAUCAGUGAAUUACUUGGUACGGAAAAGAUGUGGCCAUGGCUGCUUGGUUUCAACGGUUUCACUGCGCUGUUCCAGCUCUUCACCCUGCCCUUCCUGCCAGAGUCUCCCAGCUUCCUGUUGUUGGACAGAGGAGACCGGCAGGCCUGUGAGAAAGCUUUGCAUAGGCUGUGGGGCGACAAAGAUUACAGCAGGGAGGUGGAGGAGAUGCUGGAGGAGAGAGCCAGUCUGGGGAGCGUCCGCAGCCACUCGGUGCUGGAGCUGAUUCAGAACCGAACGGUCCGCUGGCAGCUCCUCACCAUCGUUGUUGUCUUUACCACGGUGCAGCUUUGUGGUAUCAACGCUGUAUACUUUUACUCUUUUGAUGUGUUUCGUGCGGCGGGAAUCCCAGAAGAAAAGUUACGUUUUGCCGCCUUAGGAACGGGGCUGUGUGAGCUGUGCACCUCGUUGGCCUGUUUCGUGAUUAUCGAGAGCACCGGGAAAAGAGUCCUGCUGUUCAGGGGCUACAUGGGCAUGUCUGCGACUCUGAUUCUCCUCACUGUCACUCUGUACCUGCAAGGGCAGGUCUCUUGGAUGCCGUACUGCAGCAUGGCGCUCAUUUUUAUUUUCAUCUUCUUUUUUGCCAGCGGACCAGCUGGAGUAACAGCCCCUCUGCCGGGGGAAAUCUUUAACCAGUCAUACAAAUCAGCUGCAUACAUAGUCGCGUGCACCCUCAACUGGACCGGCCUCUUUACACUGGGAAUGCUCUUCCCUGUAUUAGUGGUAAGCGUGUUAUUAUCUCCGCAGUUUUUUCUUUUGACUGAGGGUUAUUUGAAAGAACAAUUAUUAAAAAAAAGUGUCAAAAUGUGUCACUCACUCACAAACUGCUUCCAAAUGCUUUGUUUCCAGGAACAACUGGAUUACUACUGCUUUCUGAUAUUUCUUGUCUUCUGUGCCGUCUGUGGGAUAUACGUGAGGUUAAAUGUCCCCGAGACCAAGAACAGGACGGUGCUGGAGAUCACGGCGGAGUUUGAGAGGAUGCACAGCAAAACCGCUGCAUCAGACAUGAAAAGAUCCACGGAGCAGAAACUCAACGGAAUCCAAAUACACGAGACCAAACUCUGAUUGAGACACGUUCAGCCAAUUCAAACGCGGUUUUAAUGUAGCUUGAGGAGGUUUAAAUGGGAUCAGGCUGGUCAUUAGUAGCAUUUGAUUAAACAAAUGUGACUUCGC